AUGUGUUGUAACUACUACGGCAACUCCUGUGGCUAUGGCUGUGGAAACGGCUAUAGCUGUGGGUUCAGCCCCUAUUAUGGCUGUGGAUAUGGAAGUAGAUACGGCUGUGGAUAUGGCUCAGGAUACGGCUGUGGAUACGGUUCAGGAUAUGGCUGUGGAUAUGGGACAGGAUACAGCUGUGGAUUUAGGCCCUAUUAUGGCUGUGGUUAUGGAACCAGAUAUGGCUGUGGAUAUGGCUCUGGCUAUAGCAGCUACUGGCCAGUUUGCUACAGGAGAUGUUAUUCUUGCUGCUAG